UCAAAGCUGCAUUAAAAAAGUAUUUUAUUGUAAUAUUUCUUGAAUAUUAUUUUUCUAGUUUGUUAGACCUUGUUCAUCCACAAGUGAUUUAAUACAAUGUCGUGUCGCAAUGCAUCUCAUGCCGGUAGCUGGUACACUGAGAAUGGUACUGAACUGUCUAGACAAUUAGACCUCUGGUUGUCUAAAGCUGAUCUAACACAUGGACCAGCGAGAGCUAUAAUAGCACCUCAUGCGGGUUAUUCUUACUGCGGCGCGUGCGCUGCGUUCGCGUAUAGACAAGUCAGUCCAGUUGUUGUUAAGCGUAUCUUCAUCUUGGGCCCCUCACAUCACGUGAGGUUGGGAGGCUGUGCAUUAUCCUCUCUGGAUAAAUAUCAGACGCCACUCUACGACCUUACAAUAGACAAACAAAUAUAUUCCGAAUUGGAAGCAACUCGUCAGUUCGAAUGGAUGGACAUACAGACGGACGAAGAUGAACAUUCUAUAGAAAUGCAUCUACCCUACAUCGCUAAAGUUAUGGAGGAAUAUAAAACCGGUUUCACAAUUAUACCAAUUUUAGUUGGAUCUCUAACACCGGAGAAAGAAGCUAAAUAUGGGUCAAUCCUGGCACCAUAUUUAGCUGAUCCACAGAACUUGUUUGUGAUAUCAUCUGACUUCUGUCAUUGGGGUUCACGUUUCCGUUACACCUGGAAAGAUACAUCUAGAGGUCAUAUUUAUGAGAGUAUUGAAUGGCUAGAUAAACAGGGUAUGAACAUAAUAGAGAAGUUGGACCCACGCGCGUUCACAGAGUAUCUCAACAAGUAUGGAAACACAAUCUGUGGCAGACAUCCCAUUGGAGUGUUACUUCAAGCCAUAUCUAAAUUACAGAGUCAAUCGAAUUCACCUAAAAUGUCAUUAAAAUUUCUGAAAUACGCUCAAUCGUCGCAAUGUAUGAGCCAUCAGGACUCAUCCGUGUCAUAUGCGAGUGCAUCACUUGUGUUCGAAUAACAACACCCUGUAUAUGGUAAGUCAUUAACUCUAUUCUGACAUAUCUGACACGGUGAAUGGCGUUAUAGGUUAAUUCUGACAGAAAACAUAUAACACUGAUAUAGAUAUAAAAAAACUUGAGAGGUGUGUUGGGACACCCGGAU